CUCGACGCAAGUGAAAGAAUAAUAAAGAAUAUCACUGUCCUGGAAACACGUACAAGCGUUGUUCUGUCUCGGAACAACAAUGAUGAAGCCGACAGCGAUUAGUUCGCAGCUGAUUCUGCUGCUGAUGGUGGCUAAAACUAAUGCAGCAUUGGCCCCCCUCAGCGUCAACUCUGGAAGCCUCAGCAACCUCAGAGAAGCAAGCAUCAGCGACAGUAACCCUGCGAGAAUCAGCAACCUCAACGCAGCAAGCAUCAGCAACCUCAACACUGCGAGUAUCAGGCUGAACAAAGUCGAACAGCAAGUUGCUGUUUCUCAGGCACAAUUUCAGCUUGAGGCAGAACGGAGUCAGGAAAGUGCCUUUCAGUCGUUAGACCGAGCUGCAUCAGAACCUGGCUCUACAACGGACCAGCUCAACAAGUUCACAUUCACAGCACCUGAGAGUAUUAUCAAGGGAAACAACCAUCGCCUCAAUGUCCUCCAAGUUACACAGUUGCUACAGGCGGCGAACAUAUCACAAGAGGCCAUCCCUUCGGUCCUGAAGAGUGGUUUUGGCCCAAGGCUCAACUGCGCUUCCAGCCUUAAGUGUAGCAGGUCAUCCAAGUACCGCACAGCUGAUGGUUCCUGCAACAACCUGGCGCACACAAGCUGGGGCAAGGCAUCCAUUCCAAUGAGGCGAUGGUUGAUCCCAGACUAUGAUGACGGUGUCUCUUCCCCACGAGAAAAAGCCACCCUAGGGUCGUCCUCAAAGUUACCCAGUGCCCGCCUGGUCAGCACGACUGUCCACACCCCGUCAACAAACGCUGACCGCCACGCCUCCUACACCCACAUGUUGAUGCAGUGGGGUCAGUUCCUGGAUCACGACAUCACCAGCACGCCAACACAGCAGCUGUCUGGAAGUCCGUAUGGCGGUUCUAUUGGGUGCUGUGGUUCUAGCUUUCAUAAAGGAAAGAGAGCAGCAUUUAGAGCACCACCGCUAUCACGUCCAUUCAACAGGCCCCAGUGCUUCCCCAUCGAUAUUCCACAACCCGAUCGACACUUCAGGUCAACCUGCAUGAACUUCGUGCGCUCGGUUCAAGUAGCGAACGCCGACUGCCAAGCAGCUCCCGUGGAACAGCUGAACCAGAUCACAGCCUACAUAGACGCCUCACAGGUGUACGGGUCGUCACAGGGGGAACAGAACAAGCUACGCACAUUUGUUGACGGUCAGCUGAAGAUGAAAUCGACUCACUUGCCAAGCGAUUCAAAACGAAGUUGUACAACACCAAGCAGCCCCAGCUACUGUUUCCUAGCAGGUGACCACCGAGUGAAUGAGAACCCGACUCUACAGAGCCUGCACACCAUCUUCAUGAGAGAACACAACCGUAUAGCAAGGAAGCUGAAGCAACUGAACUGUCACUGGAGUGAUGAGAGAAUCUUCCAGGAAGCCAGGAAGAUAGUCGGCGCUAUCAUACAGAAAAUCACGUACGAUGAAUACUUGCCUAUUAUCAUGGGCCAGCAAGCCAUGACCCAAUAUGGCUUGCCAAUUGGAUCUGGGAGCAGUUACGCCAACGUAUACAGCACUACGACCGACGCCAGCAUCAGGAACGCCUUCGCUACGGCGGCUUUCAGAAUGGGACACUCCAUGAUUCACAGCUUCUUAGCUAGCUACAGCUCUUCAUAUAGUAAUCUCGGCCAGGACCAACUAAGCAAGACCUUCGGCAACACGAAUCUCAUUUUGAACGCCAACAACAGGAAGGUGGACCAUUAUUGUAGAGGGCUGGUUAAGGACGGUGUUCAGAAUGCAGAACACAAACUGACGCAGGAGGUCACGGACAAGUUGUUUGCUGACAGUAACGGCAAUAGUCUGGACCUGGCAGCUCUCAACAUCCAGAGAGGAAGAGACCACGGGCUACCGUCUUACACCAAGUGGAGGAAGUACUGUAACGUUCCAACAGCUACAUCCUUCGCCGGUCUGGCCUCCACGACACACACAACAACUACAGCGAACCUUUUGAAGAGCGUUUAUAAACACAUCGACGACAUUGACCUGUUUCCUGGGGCUCUGUCUGAGAAGCCUGUUCCAGGAGGACUUCUGGGACCGACAUUUACCUGUCUCCUUGGGAAGCAGUUCCAGGCCCUGAAGGAAGGAGACCGAUUCUGGUUUGAAGAGAACAACGCAUAUGUGAAAUUUACUCCGAACCAGCUGAAUGAGAUCCGGAAAGCCAGUCUGUCCAGGGUAGUGUGCGACAAUACGGACACCUACAAGAUUCAGAAGAACGCUUUCAUCAAGGGAUCUCCGGUCUCAUGCGGUUCACUGGGUGAAAUUAACCUCAACCACUGGAAUGAGCCGAGCACAGGCACCUGGAACACCUGGACGUCCUGGGGAACAUGCUACUCCAACAGACAAAGUAGGAGACGCUCAUGCAAGACCUGUGGCUGCACUGGUCAGAGCUCACAGAGUCGUAAAUGUGGAGGAUGUAGUUGGUCAAGCUGGGGACAAUGGAGUAGCUGUGUGUCCGGAAGAAGAAGUCGCUCACGGUAUUGUCCCAACAACCAAUGGCGUGGUCGCAGACGGGCGGUGUUGGAGGAGCAACUUCGUCCUAGGUUUCCUAUCGAUCCUAUUGGUCCAUAUGAUCCGAUUGGUCCUAUUGAUCCCAUCGAUCCUAUUGAUCCUAUUCGUCCAUGUUCGUGUAGCGGGUCCAGCAGACAAUAUGGAUCCUGCGGGUGGAACUAUGAUAGAGGUCCUGUGGACUUUGAAAUGGCUAGAGAGGAGAGAUUUGCGCCAUUGGCAUAGUAUCUGGAUCAUGAGAAGAAACAGCCUUGGCUUUACACUGUCGGUAAUACUACGGGAAACGAGUGUCGCGUGUUUCUUGUCUGUCAAUAGUCUGCUGAAAAAAAUAAUAAUAAAAAAUGUCCCUUUGUACUUGAUCUUCAUGUAUGUAUUCAUCGCAAAAUAUACCCAUUAAUAUUAGGAUAAUCAUACAAAAUAUACUAUCCAUGUCCUUAUUUAGUCCCACAAGCUGCGAGUAGCUGUAAUAUUGCUGAUGCGGCGUAAAACAAUACUUAUUCAUUCAUUCGUCCCACAAACUUGAUCUCGAGUACAUUUAUUUUUGUUACACUGUCAAAUGUAUAUUGGAUAGAAACAAUACUCAUGUUAUUCAGGUCUUUGUUCUUGUCAGUUUGAUGAAUAAAAUUUUGUUGUCACAA